AUGAGGUAUUUGUUGACCUUUGCUGAUGUACUGAUGUUAUUUCCAGAGAAAACUGAUGACAAUCUAGUUAAUACACAAGAUACAGUCAAAACAAAGCAGGAUAAAAAACCAGUCAAGGUAGAACAGGAAGUGGUGGUGCCUGAUUCCUCUACAGGAGAUCCAGAACCUCAGAACAAGUUCCUAAAAUUUUGCCAGGUUCCAAAAACCCCAGCUAAAGUUCCAGUGGCAGCUGUAACACCUCAGAGACAAACUGAACAGGAAAUCAAAACAGAAACUGUUGAUUCUGUGAAAGAAGAACAAGGUAAUCUUCCCCAGAAUAUGUCAAAAACUUCACACAAUCCUCAAACUACAUCAACCACUAGACAGGUACAGCCUACAUGUACAUCACCUGUACUCUUUGAAGAUGGCCAGACAGAUGGACCAGCUCCUGACUGUGUAGAUAAAACAAAUAACCUUGCUGAAUUAGAUAAAGAACAUAGCAUGAAGAAGAAACCAAUUUUCAAGAAAAGGAAUUCACUUUCUACUAAAACACUAAAAUCUGAGAUCGAGGACUGUAAGGGAACAUCAAAAGAUGGAGAUAUUAAUAUCGAUGAAGUAAAUAAUGAUAAAGACAAUGCUGAUGAUUUUAAAGAAGAAAGUAAAGAAGGAAGAAGGACUAAGCCUACAACAAGAGGAAAGGUAGAUAUGUCAGUGGUAGAUAAAGUUCAACAGGGUAGAAAGAAGUCAGAUGAUGUUCUACAAGAAGCAAAAGAUAAGAAGAAUGUUGGGGAGGAAUUAUUAGAUGGGGAAUCGGCUUCAGGUAAUGAUGUGAAUUCAGACGAGGAGUUUCUCAAUACACGAAGACGUGGUGGAAGGAAACGUAAAUCAACAAGUAAAUUUCAAGAGUGGUCAAAAAGCGGUCAAGAAAAGGUGUCACAAACGAUGAUAAUGAAAACACUGAUGAAAAAAAAAUAA